AUGGGAUCUAAUUGGUCUUGGCCAUGUGGGGAUAGAGAAAGAAGGAGAUACAAAGUCACUACUGCAAAGCCAAAAUCAGAUAUUAAUAAAGCAGCUACAGGGAAAUUUAAUAUAAUUCGAGCCCAAGCUAUAAUAGUCCCAGCUGAAAGCAUAGAACGAAUUUUAAAAAUCCACCCUAAAGAUAACAUCCCUAGCUGAGUAAUAAGCAAUCCUAGAAACCUUGAAGAAGUUAUAAUAGUUUCACAACACCCUGACGAUCUUGCAACUUUUUCUAGUAAACAAGGAAACUAUAUGGUUUCAUUAUUCGCUGCAAAUGAAAAUAACUGGCAGAGACUUUCAAAUUUGUUAGAAAACAGCAUAAAUGUGGCUAACUCAAUAAACAAAACCUUUAUAGGAGCAAUCACAGACAGUUCAGGAAGGAUUUUUCUAUGCUAUUUUAAACAUAACCAUAUAAUCCAAGGAAAUUCAAAAUUUAUAGUAAAAUUAAUUGACCAGCCUUUAACUGGGGACUAUUUAAAAGAGCUGCUAAAUGAUUAUAAAGGAAUCAAGUUUAAAGGCUGCAUAAAAUACAAAGAGAAAUCGUUUCUGAUAUUGGAAGAGCCGAAAAACACGAUACAGAAGGCUUAUGUGGUGAAUGUGUUUUCUAAUGAAGAAAUUGGGCAGCCAGGGUUCAUUAUGGAUGUUUCCAAUAAAAUAGAAAUCGGGGUUGGAAGCCAAGGGUUGGAGUUUGUAGGGAUGGCAAGCAUUACAGAUGGUAUUGCUUUGGUUUUUUCAAAGAAAUAG